CGUUUCCUAACCUCGUCAUGCCGGCUGAUAGCCCCGCAAGGCCGGCCGUGUUGUCACCUGGAGCCGGGCCAAUUUCGCCACCAGCAAGUGGGGAGAAACCAGCUACACUUGGGGCCGUGCCAUCACCUGUGUACCUCUGCCACUUUUGUGGUCAGCAAGGGAAUUUGCGGUGUACGCGUUGCAAGAAGGCAACAUACUGCUCAGUGACUUGCCAGUCGGAAGACUGGAAGGGGCACAGACAGAUGUGCGCGCCUGCCAAUCCGGAACCUGCAAAGGAGAAGCCGAACCAGACCGCUGCCUUGCUAACAUUGUUGAAGAACAACAACAUUCUGAAUUCAAAGCAAAAAGAUGCAAUGGAAGCCCCGCGGGUGUAUUUGAAGGACUUGCAUCCCAUUAAUAUUAAUAAGGGAACAGAUAUUCAGGCAUCUGUUGUUGAGUUCUACAACCCUGGGAGAUUUUUCCUCCUUGUCCAAAGCCCCGAGCUUUUGGAGAUUCUGCAGAGCAUCAGCAGCCAGCUCCAGAAGUCCCCCAGCUGUCCCUCUUCACCCCCUUAUGUCCCACGUGUUGGAGAGGUCUGCACAGCCCAGUUCUCUGGCGAUCUGAUUUGGUACCGAGGCCUGGUCCAGAAGUUGGCGGCUGACAAAAGGACUGCGCGCAUGCUUUAUAUCGACUAUGGAAAUGAGGAAGACGUUCCAAUGCACAGGAUCAGGCCCCUGCCUGCUGACCUUGAGCUGUUUCAUCCUUGUGCAAUGGAGUGUCGCGUUGCCGGCGUGGAGCCGCUGGAUGGCAGCUGGUCCGCUGAGUGCUGUUCAGCCGUGAAACAGUUUCUGGCUGACAGGGUCCUGGCUGUGAGGCUGGUGGAAACCGUGGAUAAUGUUCACGCACAAGCCGUUGACAUCGAGCUUUCCAUCGGAAAGCGUCUGAGCUCAUUCCUCAUCGAGCGGGGUUUUGUAAAGAAAACAGUCAGUUCACCAACAGUGCAAGAUAUAAUUGCCAUGCUGGAUGCUUCCUUGCAAAACUUCAAGCGCCAAUCUCAGGGGAAGGACGACAACAGAUGGGCUCAGCCACCCGAGCCUCUCACGCAGGCAGUGGGCGACUCCUUUUCUAUCGUGGUCACGCACUUCGAGUCACCUGAUAACAUGAUUGUGCAGAAGGUGGAGAAUGCUGGCGUGAUUCAGGAGUUGCAGGUGAAUUUGAGGCAACAUUGCAGUCAGGCAUCUGCACCCCAAAACUUCAGACCAGCACCCGGCACCGUCUGCUGCGCACAGUUCUCAGAAGACAAGCAGUGGUACCGGGCCAAAGUGCUGGCGUACUCCUCAGAAACGCGCGUCUGUGUUGGCUACAUUGAUUUCGGCAAUUCUGAGGAUGUGAAUAUAGACCACUUGAAACCCAUCAACUCGUCACUACUCGCCUCGCCGAUGCAGGCCAUGCCUUGUGGUCUAGCAGGGAUACAGCCUAUUGGAGAGAGCUGGUCUGAGGAGUGUCUGUUGGCCUUGCAGAGAAGGGUGUCCAACAGAAUCCUGCAUGUGGGAAUUGAAGGGGCGCACGAGGGCAAAGCUCUCGUCACCAUGAUCGACGAGGCCAGCGACCCUCAGGCUAACGUCGCUGAGCUGCUCAUCUCCGCUGGUUACGCCACGCCUCCUCCGCUUCCUGUUAAGGCCCACAACGUCUCACAGGCUGAGCAGGCUGCUCCAGAACCACCCUCGCCGUUGCCUGUAUGCGAGCCUCUGUCGUGGGCCUCAGUUGAGCUUACCACUGAUGGCCAGCCAGUAGUGCUGUUCACCGUUAUCGUCAACAACCCUGGAGAGUUUUUCUGCCACAUUGACAAUCCUGCAGUUAAUCAGCGAAUGGUGGAGCUCGCAGCUGAGGUGAAGCAGCAUUGUGAGGCGGAUGCGGUGGCUUUUGAACUCAAAGUUGGGGAACCCUGCUGUGCCAUGUUUCCAGGUGACGGCGUCUGGUACCGUGCGAUGGUCAACAGUCAGUCUGAAGACAGGGUAGCUGUGAACUUUGUGGACUAUGGUUACAGCAUGGAAGUGGAAAGAAGGAACCUUUGCUCCAUUACGUCUCCACUCCUUCAGCUGCCUUUCCAGGCCGUUCGCUGCUUUCUCUCAGGUGUGGAGCCAGUGGGUUCAGAGUGGAGCAGAGAAGCCAUCUUUUGGUUCCAAACGCAAGUGGCUGGCGAGAAGCUGUCCGCACGCGUCUUUUCUGUCAGCAAACAGGGAUAUGGCGUGGAGCUGGAGUGCAGAGGGCGUAGCAUCGCAGCUGGUCUCAUCUCGAAUCUCCUUGCCAGAUGUACUGGAGAAAUUCCCCAAAAGGCACAUUCAGGCUCAUCUCCAGGGGCUGAGCAGCGAGAGGGCCUACGAGAGACGGAGCGCAGCCAAACGAAAGCCUCCAAACAGAUGACCACAGAGGAGUUGCUGCCAUCAGGUCCAGCCUUCCCAGUGGACUGGAAGACAGUAGAACUGCCCACCACUGGGCCCUUCAAGCCUUACAUCGCAGCUGUUACCAGUCCUUCCCUCUUCUAUCUGCUCAGCCCUAACCAGGUGGAUCAGCAGAAGCUCCAGGAGAUGAUGCUGGAGCUGGCCACAUUGUGCAACAGCAAUCAGGCCACUUUGUCCUCAUGCACUGACCAGAAGAAACUCAGGCCUGGGGCCGCCUGCUGCGCCCAGUUCACUGCGGAUGACAACUGGUACCGUGCUGUGGUUGUGGAGGUGAGCGACAACAAUGAGGUAGCAGUCAUCUACGCUGACUAUGGCAACACUGAAAAGUUGUCAGUCUCCCGCAUUUUGUCUAUACCCGAGCACCUGCUGCAGCUCCCCUUCACGAUAGCCCGCUGUGCUCUGACUGGCAGGGAGCAUUUUCCUGCCGAGUGGCCACCAGAGGUGCUGCAGAUAUUCCACAGCUUGAUGCUGGAUGGUAUUCUUGCCACCGUGCUGUCCUUCGACGGCUUCACCAACAUCCUUACAGUCACCCUGCCCGCCGAGAAGGGCGGGGUCCACGUCACCGCGCUGAUCAUAGACGCAUUGGAAAGCCAUAAAGUCCAAAGUGCUCACAGCCAGUCCGCAGCCACCAAGGCUGAGCAAAUGACACCUGCCGUACAUAAGAGUGUGGAAAAUACAGUGGAGGCUGCUGGGCCAGCUGUAAGUCUUGAGCUGACCCCCAACAACACACACCAGAUAAAAACCACAGCAGCGGAGCUCCAGAAGAAUUCCCAGACCCAUGCAUGUUGCUGCCAAAGCCUGGAGACAAAGAUUGACCGUUUGGAGCAGAUGAUUGUGCGUAUUGAGCAGAUGAUGGAGCUGCGCGUUUCCUCAAGCAAGUAGUGUUGAACGAUUGCAGACUUCAAAGCUGUUGUUA